UCCUGGUGACACGAGGCUAGUAGCUAUCUGCUAUCAGCUGUCCCUCCUGGGGUCCCCGCCCCACAGAUUGAGAACCGCAGCUCUGGCGUCACUUUCUAAGCGCACCUUGUGCUGAUGAGGCGGCCUGUUUAAACUGUCAGUACCCGCCCCUCCGGCUCGUCCUGCCACAGCUGCUGCUGCUGUCCUGCUUCCAACACAAUUAUAUUGCUCUCCAGGAGGUUUUGUGGGAGAAAUAAUUGCUUGGAGUUUUCUGCUGGCACUUGACUUCAGGGGCCUUGGUUACUUUUCCUCGGACGAUUUAUUCACCCAUGAGAUGCUGAGGACCACCACUGCUGCAUUUGAGCCCAGUUGCCGCCUGAACAUGAAGUACAAUAUGGACACUCAUAAGAGAGGCUUGGUCCCAGAGGGUCGUUGAUUUGAGUCAGGCGCAGAAUCUGGACUGAUAACAUAGGAAGGUAGACAGAGGAUUGGACUGAAGAUGCUGUCAUCGCUGUUCACUGUGCUGCGGACCUUCACUGAGCUUAACUUCCAGUCGUCUGCCAUGUUUGAGGGCUCAGAGGCGGUCGAGGUGGAGGGAGGCAGCAUGGAGAGCACCAUGGGCUCGUCCAUCAGCGCCUGCAAGAAGGUGCUGUGCAGUAACAGUGUGCUGGACUCGUCGGAGUACUGGCUGAGGAAUGAGAAGGCUCUGUGCAGACUGGGCCUGCUGGACGACGACACCGAGGGCAGCUGCACCAUGAUCUGUUUUGUAAAUCUGGACCCUCAGAAAACGGACUAUCGAGAUGACAAAAGCAUCAAGAAAUUGGCAUCGGUGUCUCCAGACCUGCCAAAGCUCGUCGAAUUGCUGAAUGUCCACCAGCCGAAAGAAAAUGAGAUCCUACUGCUCGGUGGCCUAGAAGCCUCAGAUACUUGCCAAACCCACCCACUCUCCCCCUCUCAGGGCGGGCAGCAGCAGCAGAGAAGUACAGGUGUGUGCCUGGUUCAGUGUUCAGGGCAGAGACGCUCCACCCAACCUGGCAACAUCAUCUUUGAGAUCAACAAGUUCCUGAUUGGUCUCCAGUGGGGGAAGGAGCGACAGCUUCAGCAGGGCCGGGCAGCCAGACAGCGGCUCGACGACGACACCAAUCGCUCCAUCUCGUCCAUAGAGGAAGACUUCCUGACUGCCUCAGAACACCUUGGGGAUGACAGCGAGGACGACGGUUUCAGAAAUGAACCAGAGAGUGGUGACCUGGCAGAGAGCUUGGCGGAGGUUGCACAGAAACACUGUGUCAGACUUGCCUGUCAGAGGGGACAGCUGGCCCAUCAUCAGGGCAGGGAGGAUGGUGAGGUGAAAAGGGAAGGGCAUCGGCGAGCAAGCCUCCAUACUAAGGAAUCAGCUGGUCACUAUGCCACAAAUCUGGCCGAGUCUGUACUGCAAGAUGCCUUCAUACGCCUCUCUCAAGACGAAACCUCUUUUGUCUCUGAGGCUGCUGUCAGUGUGUCCCUCUCUAGUCGUCCUUCCAGCGCUACUGGUCCUUCAAAGACCAAACAGCCUUCCCAACAGCGCACCUGCUCUUUUGAACUCCCCAAGAUUGUCAUUGUUCAAAGCCCAGACAGUUCUGAUGGGGCUGCAGAAUGGCCAGAGACCCAGCUGUCUCAUGUGCCUGACCAGGAUAUCACUGCCAAAGCCAGAGAGAUGCCAGAGAAUGGGACACAGGCUCACAUCCCCCACCACAAUGGUGGAUACCCGUCCAAACACGUAGAGGUGGCUUUGGCCUGUGCAGCCAGUGUCAUUGGCACCAUUACCAACCCACAGCUGACAGAGCAGCUUGCCAUGGAUUCGGCCUCAGAGGAAGACACGGAGGAGGACCUGCAGGAACCAGAGGAGAGAAGCGACUACUCCUUCUCUUCAGCUAUAUGUGGCAUGGCUCAGGUAGCUGGUGCUGUAGCCGCUGUGGAGCUAACAGAGGAGUCAGGGGAGUGUGCCGAUUCUGACGCCGAUUCUGCUGAAGCCUACACAGCGUCCUGUGGUCUGAUGUCUGCUGCCGAAGCCUCUGCAGCCAUAACUCUGCACUGCAGUGUGGCAGAAGGUACCAGUGUUGAAGCAUUUCGUGCCAACAUUGCAGAGGUGCUACACAGGGAAGCAGCUGAGGUGCUGACUCAGCCGCAAGGCUACAGGAGUGUAGCCCACCUGCUGGAGGCAACGCAUAACAAGAUAGUAGAUGGCAUUACUUGUCCAAAAAAGUCCUACAUGGAUGAAAGAGAGGUGGAUGACCUAAUAAAUGAGGUGGCAGACAGCCUAUUCAAACAUGCUUUAGAGAAAGCAAAAAAGAAAAAAGAACUGGAGGGUACUGGAAAAGAUACUCCAGGACUUCAAGUGUUUCUGCAGGACAGUGUUAACACUUUGCUGUUUGAUAUCCUUUGUCUGACACAAAAGAAAAUCAGUCACAUCUCUCAGUGUGACCAAGGGUCAUUUGAGACUCAAGAGGGUGAUACUUGUGCUAGGGAGCCUGCUACCACCAAGGAGAGCAAGGAUCCAUUAAGUCAGUUACAGUGCUUAGUCGGCCAUGGUCAGUCCACUAAUAGUGAGAGCCACAGCGGCAUACUACACUGCACUAAUAAGCUUACCAUGGCUCCUGGGCUGAAGGAGAAAUAUGCGCUUGAGGAAAGUGAUCUCAUUGCAUCUUCCUCCACAGCACACAGCAGAGAGCAAAGACUAAGUCAGUCUAAAUCCACCUCCUUGCCUGCCAAAGACUACUCUGACCACCAGCAGAUCCAGCAGGGCAGUGGUGCCAUCAGAGAACCCUUGAGUGAAAUCCAAGUUCAUAGCACAGACAGGAGGGGGCGAUUAGUGACCGGCAGUGACAGCAGACAGGCCUCCCUCACACCCCAGUCCUCCCUAAACUCAUGCAGUUCUCUGCUUUCUUGGAGAAUGGAUUCAGAGUCCAGGACACCGAUUACUUGCUACGCUGACGAUUUGGCUGCUACAGUGGUAUCUAUGGCCACAGAAUUGGCAGCUAUCUGCCUGGAAAACAACACUGGGAAACAACCCUGGUUCUGUUCCCUAAAAGGGACGUCUGCUGAAGGGCCAGAAGCCUACUUGCUCCCUGCUUGCCGCACAGUCCUCAGGAGGAAAGAGGCUCAGGCCAGCAGUGCUGCCUCUAAGAAACACCGUGCCCCACGCCUCAGUGAGAUUAAGAGGAAAACUGAGGAGCAACCAGAAUUGAUGGAGCGGCUGGUGAACCGGGUGGUGGACGAAUCGGUAAACCUAGAUGAGCCGCAGGACCCAUUUGCCCUUUUUGCCUCUGAAGUCACGGCCAGGAUCAUGAACUGCCCUGAGCUUAAUGUGGUGGAUACCUCCAAAACAGGUCAACCACGAAGCAGGUUGCAGUGUGAGAGGUGGAGCCGUGGGAAAGCAUCUAGUUAUGAGAGCAUUCCAGAAGAAGAUCCAGACCCCUCAGGCACACCCAACACAUUGGGCCUCGGCAGUCGGUUAGGUCAGAACUUGAGCCGUGGUAGCUCAAUCUCUAAGCAGUCCAGCUGUGAGAGCAUCACAGAUGAGUUCUCACGGUUCAUGGUAAACCAGAUGGAGACAGAGGGCAGGGGCUUUGACCUUCUGCUGGACUACUACGCAGGAAAAAAUGCCAGCAGCAUUCUGACUGCAGCUGUACAACAGGCUGCAUCAAAGAAGAAUGGUCACCUUAAUGUCAGGGCCUCAUCCUGCUUGUCCAAACAGUCUAGUACGGAGAGCAUCACAGAGGAGUUCUACAGGUUUAUGCUUCAGGACAUGGACAAGGAAAACAGAGAGUAUGGCAUCGCCAAGACUAAAGAGUGGAGCAACAGCCUGUUCCCCCCUUCUCCAAGAACACCCUUCUGUAUACGACAGUCCUCUGUUCCAGACCGGCGCUCCUCAGACUCUCGACUGACUGUCAACUCACCCAUUAAAGCCAACUCUUUUGACGGAUUUGCCCGCAAUGUGCAUGGAGACACGCUGAAUAUCUUCCCCACCAACUCAGUGUCAGCCACAGGACUGUGUAAGUCAGACUCCUGUCUCUAUCAAAGAGGCAAGACUGACCAAAUUACUGAUAUGCUGAUUCAUGAGACCUGGUCAAGCUCCAUUGAGUCUUUGAUGAGAAAGAACAAGAUCAUUGCCGAUCCAGAGGACAGUAUUGAGCUGGAGGCUGCAGGAGACUCCCAGCCCCAUGUGCAGCAGUUUGCCAAUCGCCUGGCAGCUGACAUUGUAGAUAUUGGCAAGUCUGCCUUGGGGGGCCAGCAAGAUGUAACUGUGGGUGCAUCUGGGUCACUCCCACAGCCGCACAUGCCUGUUGGUGAAAGAAGGAGGGGGUUCAAGCAAUCACAUCUAAGCUGUAGUCGGAGUAGGUCGAGCCAGGAGCAAACUGGUAUUGGAGUAGCGUCCGGGACUGGUGACAGUAGUGCACCCUGCAUGAGGGGCCCCAGAGAUGUGCCACUGAUCCACAUCGAGGGAGAUCAGAGAGAAGAAGAGACUCAUUUAAGGACAGGAGGAGGACCUCAGGAAACAACCCCAGAAAUGUCAGCUACCAAGCGUACAGAGAGAACUACAGCCAACUGCAGCAGCAGUGAGAGGGACAGGCCAGCUGUGGCGGUGGCUGCAGUAGUGAAGAGCGACAAGCGUUCUAUGAGUGCUAGCAGUGAAGAGAGCAUGGGGAGCUGGUCCCAUAUAACCCCCGAGGAUGACCCCCACGAGGAGACCAGUAGUUUUAUCCAGCUGAGCGAGGGGAACGGAACCAGCAGCGCAUCCAGCGUAGGCCUGGCAGACCUGGAUGCUUUUUCUGACAUGCCCUCUCAGAGCACAGUAAUCAGUGAGGAGACAGAAAAAGAGCAUCAAGCAGGAACAAAGGAAAAUGUCUUUGAGAGCAGUUCGGCAAGGACGGCAGGCGGCAGUAGCAACCUCAGGGUGCUGUUGGUGGUCAACUGUGACCUUGAGCCUGAGUGUGUGGACUCAGAACUGAGAGUGGCCCUGCAGUGGAUCGCUGCCUCUGAGCUGGGGCUUCCUGUGCUCUACUUCAGGAAGUCCAAAGAGAAGAGGAUUGCAAAGUUCCAGAGGGUGGUCCACCUGAUGUCUCAGAAGGCGUGGCGGAUUGCAGACUUGUUCAGUGCUGUGGUCCAGUUCUGUAAGCUUCAUGAGAAAGAGGAAGAGGAGGGCCGCUCUCUGUCCAGCCUGUUCGAUUGGCUGCUGGAGACCCUGUAG